AAUUAUGUCAUUAAAUUCUUACUCAUCUUCAUCAUAACGUAAGCCAUGGACACCUAGUGAAGAUAGGUUGUUGUCUGAACUUAAAAAAAAUAAAGAGUAUGAUUGGAUUGAAGUUGCCAGAAGAAUUGAAGGUCGUAAUCCAUCCUAAUGCUCUUAAAGAUGGAAGCGUAUCAAAGGAUUCAAACUAAGAAGAACUUGGACAAAAGAAGAAGACACCAAAUUGCUUGAAUUAGUUAACAUUCAUGGAUCUAAUUGGUGUUUAAUAAGCACAUAUUUUGAAAAGAGAUCUGGCAAAUAGGUUAGAGAACAUUAUCUUAAUCAAUUGGAUCCAUAAAUUAAUACUUCCCCUUGGAGUAUGGAAGAAGAUAAAAAGAUUGUUGAACUUUAUCAAUCAAUUGGAGGGAAAUGGAGUGUAAUAACUAAAGCACUAAACUAAAGAUCUGAGAAUAGUGUUAAAAAUCGAUUUUAUUCUUGUCUUAGACACAAAUAUCUCAACAUCAAAAAUCCAUACUAUAUUGUGCCUGAAAAAAAAUAAAAGUUGAAUGAAGAAGAGAGUUAGCAGAAUUAAAAUUUUUAGGAGCAAUAAAAUAUUACUGCAAUUCAACAACCAAUUCAACAACCAAUUUAACAAUCAUCAAUUGAAUAAGUUCCUAAUUAUGUUCAAAUUUAUUAGAAUUGCCUUUAUUAGAUUCCAAUAUAUGUGCCUUAACCAAUAUUAAUGCCUGUAUAUAUUUACCCAUCAUAAUUCCAACUCAAUAAUCAACAAUGAUUAUUAUUAUUUAUUUUUAUAUUAAGGUGUACAACU